AUGGGUCCCAAUGUGAAGGACAAUCCAAUGCCAAGUCAUGGUCCUUCAUCAGUGAACAAUAUAGAAGUUUGUCUCAAUGAACAACGUGUUACGAAGAUAGAGGAGAUUCGGCAGUCUUUGGUUGAAAUUCAUUUUGUUUUAUGUGCUCAUGGUCUAUUCCAACAUGACCACCAGAUCUGUGGUACAUGUUCAGUCAAUUCAAGAGGUUGUAGAAAGAUUCAAGAUGAUUUGCAAGGCGUCCUAGAUCAGGGUUUGAUUCAGAUUUCUAGACAAGUGAGUUCUCCAGAAUCACAAGAACAAGAGGUGAAUGUCAUCAUUCCUUGCUUCAACAUUCCAGAGAAAGUAGAGAUAGCUUAUCAUCCGAGGGAGCCAGUGGUGAUUUGCCCUCCGGGCCCAAUGCCUUACACUUCAGAUAAAGCGGUCUCCUACCGCUAUGCAACAACUAUUAUUGAGAACGGUAAAGAGGUCGAGAUUAAAACCUUAGCCUCAGUUACCAAUAUCGCAGCAAAUAGCCGAAUGACGCGCAGUGGCCGCGUGUUCGCUCUGCCGGUUAUCCCAAGUAGAAAUGUUGAGAAAGAUCCAGUAGUCGUGGUACCAGUGACAAGAGAAGCAGAAGGGCAAACAAGCAAUUCAACCCUUGACAAAGAAACAGAUGAACUACUCAGAAUUAUCAAGCUCAGUGACUACAAAGUGGUAGAUCAGUUGCUACAGACACCGUCAAAAAUCUCGAUCCUGUCCUUAUUAUUGAACUCAGCUGUCCACAGAGAAGCACUACUGAAGGUGCUUGAUCAAGCCUUUGUAGAACAGGAUAUAACAGCAGAGCAGUUCAACAAUGUUGUAGGCAGCAUCACUUCGUGCAAUGGCUUAGGCUUUUGUGAUGAAGAACUGCCAGAAGAAGGAAAGAAUCACAACUUCGCUCUCCAUAUCUCAGCCAAUUGUCAAGGGGAUUCUUUGUCUAAUAUCCUAAUUGACAUCGGUUCAUCUCUGAAUGUCAUGCCCAAGUCUACCUUGUUGAAGCUAAAGUACAAAGGGGGGCAAAUGCGGCACAGUGGAAUUAUUGUGAAAGCGUUCGAUGGAUCAAGAAAAACAGUCAUUGGAGAAGUUGAUUUGCCUAUUGGUAUUGGACCACACGUAUUCCAGAUCACUUUCCAGGUUAUGGACAUAGUGCCAGCUUAUAGUUGUCUGCUCAGACGCCCAUGGAUUCAUGAGGCGGGUGCCAUUACAUCCACGUUACACCAAAAGUUAAAGUUUGUCAAGAAUGGGCAAAUAGUGACGGUUAAUGGGGAGCAGGCUAUGCUGAUUAGCCACCUUUCAUCGUUUAGUGUGAUAGAAGUAGACGAGACGGCUGUUCAAACUCCAUUUCAGGCCCUGACCAUCGAUGAUUACAAGAAAAGUGAAGGUUCAAUCGCGUCAUUCAAAGACGCCCAGCAGAUUGUCAAGACAGGUCCUACAGAAAUGUGGGGCAAGGUGAUAGAGUUGUCAGAAAACGUUAACCAUGCAGGAUUAGGCUUUGUUGAUGGAAAACAAGUGCAGACUUCAGUGGUGCAACCUUUCAAAGAUAUCUUUCACAGCGGUGGGUUUAUCAACAUGGUAGCAGUUGAGGAGGAUACUUUUGGGGAAAGACAGAAGACGAAGGCCCCAGAUUUGUGA